GAUGUGUGUUAAGCGCUGUUUACAGGGGCUCCCAGGCUGUGAAUCUGAGUCCACGGACUCACGCUAAGCCAAACAAAGCUAUCUGGAUGGAGAUCGUUUGUUACAUAACUUACUGGAAACAAAGCCUCUGACACGCUGGCUUUACUUUAGGGGCCCCCUCUCACUAUCGCAGUGUGUGGCCCCUCGGACAGAGGUGGGAUAGCAUAUUCUGAGCCCUCCAGGCACCUCGAUGCCCAAACAGAGGCGGUGUUUUCACAUUCGUCUCCGGUUUGCGACGGAUCAGGGAGAGGAGGAGGAGGAAGACGCGCAGGAAACUUUUCAUCCGCAGAGAAUUGUGAUGAUCAAGCACAGAUGGCGGAACAGUACAGUGGGCAAGCAGGCUUUUUCUCCGACGGUAACCCGGGGAGAGGGUACCUAGUUCCGCAGGUGACCAUCACGUCUGAUGGGGACUCACGGGAGAUCACUGAGGAGGAUCUGGAGGAGGAGGUGAACGGACGGUUGCGCCGCAAACUCUCCAACUCCUCCAUCUCCUCCAACGGCUCCUCCACAGCGUUUGACGAGUCGGAGGAUGACUUCCUCAGCGACAACGAGACCAAAAGCAAAGGCAUCGUGACUCUCGAGCAUUUGGGGGACUCGGUAGAUUCAGGAGAGAUUGACCUUUCUAUUAGGUUAUUUAAAAAUCUACUUCGUUCUUUCUUUCUUUUUUUCAGGACAUAUCUGGAGGAGGAGUUGGUGCGGGCCAGGGUGAAGCCAAAGCUGCGUGAAGACUUAUAUAAUAAGAUGCUGGAGGUGGACAGAGAGGCUCCUACAGCGGAGGAGAAGAAACAGAAGGCUGUUACCAAACCACGUUAUAUGCAGUGGAGAGAAAGUCUCAGCUCUACUAACUCUCUGGGCUUCCGCAUUGAGGGUAUCAAGAGGGGGGAAACCUGCAAGACAGACUUUAAAAAGACCCGGUCAAAGGAAGACGUCAUUCAGGUCUUUAAGGAUUUCGUCGAGGGCAAUAAAAACAUAACUAACUCCUAUAUUACAAGGCUUGAAGAUAUUAAACAGGCACUGAAAGCCUCAGAGUUCUUCAAGAAACACGAGGUAAUCGGGAGUUCGCUUCUCUUCAUUCACAAUCACACAGAGAGAGCUGAAGUCUGGCUCAUUGAUUUUGGUAAGACCACACCGCUCCCAGACGGACAGAACCUGGAUCACUACAGACCCUGGGAGGAGGGCAACCGAGAAGACGGAUACUUGUGGGGCUUGGACAACCUGCUGCAAACCCUUUCCUCGUUGGCCAGGGAGUGACCUUCUUACUGCAAACUUCUCGCGUGACAGCAACAGCAUGCUGAUAGACACUUCUAAACCUUCUGCAGUGCAUUAUAGGGAGGCUACCAGUGACAUAGUCCAUUACUUUACAGUGUUAAGCUGUAAAAGCAUUUCACCCAUAUCAUGGUUUUCAUAAAUGCACAUUUGUUUGUUGUCAUAAUACAGUUACUCUUCCCCAAAGUCCAAAAAAAAGGUUGAAGACAAAAUGUAGUUUGUAAAGUAGAGAUGCACCGAUCGAUCGG